GACCGCGCGGCGCUGCAGCUCAUUCAGUCAGUCAAAGUUAACCGUCGUCGUCACAGUGUGUUUAGAUCGGCGCGCCCGGAACCCGAGCUCUUUCUUCUCCAAGAAUUGACUGCUGGAUUAGAAGAGGCGCUUCCUGACCUAAGUUGAUUUCAAUUGGAUAAAUUAUCGGAAAAAUAAGACGUUUUGUGAGACAAACUGUUUUUUAAAUUUGAAAUUUGACGUCCAUAGUUAAGUGUAACGUGGAAGGAGUCGUUUCGUGAAAGUGAUAGUGCCAACAAACGGCUAACAACAGAGAAUGAUGCUGAAGAAGCUCCCGUUAUCAACAGCCCCAACGGCUUCGCGACUGAUCCAGCGAUGCCUUACUGUCCAGGCUAGCCCUCAGGAGGUACCGGAACUGCCAAAGACAGACCAAACUUACAGCAAACGUAGCUAUGAGGACAUUACCAAGCUGCGCAAAACCUACCUCACCCCUAAUGUCACUUCCUACUACAAGAAACCGCUGCUCAUUCACAAGGGUAGCAUGCAGUGGCUGUUCGAUCACGAGGGCCGCCGCUAUUUGGACAUGUUCGGAGGAAUUGUGACCGUCUCGGUGGGCCACUGUCAUCCGAAAGUUAACGCCGCCCUGGAGGAACAAAUGGGCCAACUGUGGCACACGACCAAUAUCUACAUGCACCCCAAGGUUCACGAGUACGCCGAAAAGCUUACCUCCAAGCUGCCGGGAGAUCUGAAGAACGUUUACUUCGUCAACUCCGGGUCGGAGGCUAACGAUCUGGCGAUGUUGAUGGCUCGCCUCUACACCGGACAUCAGGAGAUCAUCAGCUUCCGUAACGCUUAUCAUGGCGCUUCACCCUACACGAUGGGUUUGACAGCUCAUUCCACCUGGCGCUAUCCACUUCCGGGGGUCAGUAAUGGGGUUAUUCAUGCGAUGAACCCAGACCCCUACACCGGCAUUUGGGGAGGUAAAAAUUGCCGCGAUUCACCAGUUCAAACGACACGUCAUUGCGACUGUCCACCGGAUCAGUGCUACGCCUCAGGUCGAUACUACGAACAGUUGGAGCAAAUCUUCAAGUACUCGCUGCCACGUGGUAAGGUAGCUGCACUGUUUGCGGAAUCGAUUCAGGGUGUCGGUGGAACCGUCCAAUAUCCCAAGGGUUACAUCAAGAAGGCCGCGGAACUGGUGCGGGCCAAUGGAGGGUUAUUUGUGGCCGAUGAGGUGCAGUCUGGAUUUGCUAGGACUGGGGAGCACUAUUGGGGCUUCGAGGGACACGACGUGAUGCCGGAUAUCGUUACGAUGGCCAAGGGUAUCGGAAAUGGGUUCCCGAUUGGAGCAGUCGUAACUUCCAGGAAGGUGGCGGAUGUUCUGUCCCAGGCACUGCACUUCAACACCUACGGAGGAAAUCCGUUGGCCAGUGCUGUCGGUAUUGCGGUUCUGGAUGUUAUCGAUGAGGAAAAUCUGCAGAAGAAUGCUCGAGAUGUCGGAACCUAUCUUUUGCAGGGAUUGGAGAAGUUGCGCGACAAAUAUGAUAUCGUUGGAGAUGUCAGAGGAAAGGGUUUGAUGAUCGGUGUUGAGCUGGUGGCCGACAAGCAGACACGUCAACAUCUUAGCGCCCCACACUUUGUGGAAAUCUGGGAGAUGUGUAAGGACAUGGGAGUUCUGUUCGGACGAGGUGGCCUCAACGCUAACGUACUUAGAAUUAAACCGCCCAUGUGUUUAACCAAAGAAGACGUGGAAACUGCCAUCCAGGUGCUGGACAAGGCACUGGAAAAGCACUGCGAGAGCGCCCAGAAACUUAUCUGACCCAUUCUAGACUGCGAUGCACCUUGGGAUAACCAAUCCAAAAUGAAACUAACAGCAACCAUACAAUUGAUUUAAAAAAAAAACAUAGAUGAAUUGGAGUAAUUAAAAUAGUGCACAAAAUUGGAAAAUAAAUUCACGCGUUCAUAUUUAAAAGUUCGGCCAUUGGUCAAAAUUGGUGCUAUUGCUCCUUGUGUUGUAGAAAUCCAUAACCCCAGAUGAGUUCUGGGUCUAAAUAAUCCCUCUAGAAAACGCGCGCACAACACUGUAGUCAAUGUUUCUAACAACCUUCCUCGGAGGAUUAGUAGAAUGUCGGUAACAUUUCCUUACAUAUUAUAACUAAGGCCUUUCCUCAUGGUAAAGUAUUUCGGUAUCGAAUGAUACCUAUCAAUUCAUGUACAAAAUCAUAUUCAUUCUUAUACCAGCUUAUGAUAAUGAUGGCGAAUAUAUCAACUAACUCAUAUGGUGUGAAAUUCUAUAAAUCAUUCGUCACUUUAUGCAUUUGUCAUUACUGCCUAUCAUAAAAUUGUAUGUUUUACAUUUGAAUAUUAAUACAACUUUUAAAUUAUUCCCAUUUAAAAAAAAACUCAACU